GGCAUUGCCAACCAGAGACCCUUGGACAAUAAAUCACUAUAAUUUCCAACCCUUUCAGCCUGUUCAAUUUUCAACAAUAUGGAUCUAGACACCACUCGAUUAUUAGGAGCUCCUUCCCCUUCUUUUUCUUGUUCUUUCACCAAUUCAUGGACCCACGAUGUGUUUCUCAGCUUUAGAGGUGAGGACACACGCUACAAUUUCACAGACCAUCUACACAAUAAUUUGGUCCAGAGGGGCAUCAGAACCUUCAUAGAUGAUGACCUCCCAAGAGGAGAAGAAAUAUCACAAACACUUGUCGAUGCAAUUGAAGGAUCGAGGUGUUCUGUCGUCGUAUUCUCUGAAAAUUAUGCAUCCUCGAAGUGGUGCUUGGAUGAACUUGUUCAUAUCAUUCAGUGUAGAGAAUCAAAGCAACAGAUGGUUUGGCCAGUUUUCUACAAAGUGGAUCCCAAAGAUGUAAGGAACCAAAGAGGUAGUUAUGGCGAGGCACUGAAUAACCAUGAACGCAAAUUCAAAGAACAGAAACUUACAAACCAUGAUGAAAGAAAAUUCCAAGACAAUAUGAAGAAGGUGCCGAGAUGGAAGGAAGCUCUUACAAAAGCUGCACACUUGUCUGGGUCGCAUUACUUGGAGGGCCGUGAAGCUGAAUUUAUUCAGAACAUUGUCAACGAGAUUUCCUUACAUGUAUUACAUGAUACCCAUAUCAAUGUGGCAAAAUACCAAGUUGGAAUAGAGGCUCGUGUACGAGAUAUUCAUAAAGUUUUAGAAGUUGAAGGAAAUGAUGUUCGCAUGGUAGGAAUAUGGGGGGAUGGUGGAAUAGGAAAGACAACUGUUGCUAAAGCUGUUUAUAACUCACUGGCCCAUGUGUUUCAAGGGAGUUGUUUUCUGGAAAAUGUAAGAGAAAGAUCAAUACAAUAUGGAGGCCUAGUCGACCUACAAAAUCUUCUUCUUUAUGAGAUUCUAAGAGGAAAGGAAAUAAAGGUUACCAGUGCCGAUAAAGGAAUCAGUGUGAUAAAGGAAAGGUUUUGUCGUAAAAAGGUCCUUGUAAUUGUAGAUGAUGUGGAUCAUUUGGACCAGUUAAACAACUUAGUUGGAGGUUGUGAUUGGUUUGGUUUGGGCAGUAGAAUUAUCAUAACGACAAGAGAUAAGCAUUUUCUAAGUUCUCAUCAAGUUAGUAUUAUAUACGAGGCCAAGAAAUUAAACUUUGGUGAAUCUCUUGAUCUCUUCAUUAGUUGGAAUGGUGGGAGAAAUAAAAAUUUGGAUGAUGAUUAUGUGAAAGCUGCAGAAACUGUGGUGAAUCAUGCUCAAGGUCUUCCUUUAGCUCUCAAGGUUUUAGGUUCUCAUCUAUGUGGUAGAAGUAUAGAUGAGUGGCAUAAUGCAUUGGAUGGGAAUCUGCACUCGGACAUUAAAAAAACUCUCAAAAUAAGCUAUGAUGCAUUGGAAUAUUCGGUGCAAGAAGUUUUCCUUGACAUAGCAUGUUUCUUUAACGGUAGAAAGGUGAACCAUGUGAUACCGAUCCUGGAAGGUUGUGACCUCAAGCCUGAGUAUGCUAUUAAAGUACUCGUAGACAAGGCCCUCAUAAAUAUUGAACAAGACACAAUUGGGAUGCAUGACUUGCUUGAAGAAUUGGGUAGAGGAAUAGUUUAUCAAGAGUCACCAAAUGAGCCUGGUGAAUGUAGCAGAUUGUGGUUUCAUGAGGAUGUUUAUCGUGUUCUAACAGAAGGAACAGGAACAAACAAUAUUAAAGGCAUCAUAGCAAAGUUUCCGACACCAGAUAACAUAUGCUUGAGUGCUGACAGCUUCUCAAAGAUGAAAAACCUUCGACUUUUCAUCAAUGUGAAUGCACGAUUUUAUGGUGAUCAGGUGGAUUAUCUAUCUAAUGAGUUGAGGUUUCUUCAUUGGCCUGAUUGUCCUCUACAAACUUUACCAUCUACUUUCAAUCCAAGGAAACUUGUUGAACUUUAUAUGCCUCGUAGCCGCUUGUCACAACUUGGGGAGGGAUUCAAGCGUUUGCAAAAUUUGAAGUCCAUGAAUUUUGAGAGCUGUGAAUUCCUAACACAAACCCCAGAUAUCUCUGGAAUUCCAAACUUACAGUCCUUGAAUCUAGACGACUGCACGAGUUUAGUUGUGGUUCAUCCCUCUGUUGGAUGUCAUGAUAAGCUUGUUGACUUGAGUCUUGUGAGAUGCCAUAACCUCACACUAUUUCCAAUAAUCAAGUCAAAAUCUCUAGAAGUUCUCAAUCUUGAAGAUUGCAGAAGACUGGAGACUUUCCCUGAAAUUGGGGGAAAGAUGGAUUCCUUACGUUGCAUGUUUCUAUCUGGUAGUGGCGUCAAAGAGUUGCCUGCGUCAAUUGCAUAUCUCAUCAGUCUUGUAUUUUUAGACCUAAGGAGUUGUGAAAAUCUUACGAAUCUGCCACCCAGCAUUUAUGAGUUGGAACAUCUAAAUGAAAUUGAUCUCCGAGGAAGUCGAAAGCUUGUUACAUUUCCAAAUAAAGUGGAGUCUGAAGAUUAUGUGUCUACAUUGUGCGUACUUGAUCUAACACUAUGUGAUUUCCUUGUAAGUAUUCCCGAAUGCAUUACGAAAUUUGUCAAUUUGCGGGAGCUUUUCUUGCAUGGCUGCAAAAGGCUUCGAGAUAUUCCGGAACUUCCACCAAAAAUAGUAAAGUUAGAGGCGAGUGAUUGCGUAUCAUUGGAAAGGUUUUCAUCAUUGUCCAACAUUCUGAAAGGUAAAAAAGACUCACAAAUGAUUGAGUUCGUGGACUUGUGUAAUUGCCAGAGACUCUGUGGCAAUCUGGCUCGUGACCUCACAAAGAAGCAAAACAUUUUAGCAAAGGAGCAGAUCACACUCUUCUUUGAUCACCUUCUGUCUUCACAGAAACUUGGAUUUCAGGUUGUAUUUCCAGCAAGUUUUGAAGCUCUCUCGACGUUGUUUAGCUGUCAUAAGGAUGUGAAGGAGCGUGAUGAAGCAUGUGAAUUUUUGAUUGAAAUCCCUCCAAACUUCAAAUGCCAGAACCAAGGAUUGGCUCUAUACGCUGAUGUUGAAUACCUGCAAAAUAAAAGACUAGUUUACGAUCAUUUUCGAGCAAAAAUUUCCGUCAAUCAACCAGGAAUGCUACCUCAUUUUAUUCAGUUCGAUGACAUUUUCAGAAAGAUAGGGUCAGGUCAUGUUAUAGGGUCAGGUCAUGUGUGGCUGUGCUAUAUUCGAUUCAGAGAAAUGUCUUGCCGGGAUGAUCAGAUUACCUGGCCGCAGUCGCCUGUUGUGUGUCGAGUUAAUUUUCUGAAUUUGACACUAGAUUCGCUGCGUUGUAAAAGCUUCGGGGUCCACCUGGUAAUGACACAGGAUGAAGAAGACCUGUCUAUAUUUCCGGAAGAUGGUGAGUCUGAAUCCGAUGACUUGGAAGAUGUUAAUGAGAGGUUUGAUGGAGAUAAUUGUGUUGAUCUAUGUGAAGAUGAGCAAGACUCGGAACAUGACUACUUCAGCUGUGAAGAUAAUGAAGAUGGCUACUUUUACUGAAGAUGAUGAUGAAGAGGUGAAUAGGUCGGAGACAGAGAUUUGCAAUGUUGGAAUAAGACAAAAGAAAAACUAAGAUGCAAUGGAUACUAUUGAUGAAUACUAAUAUGUCAAGUCGCCCACAAUCUAAAGAAGAGAGUUCCGUGCGCCCACGGGGAAGCUUUUCAUUCACUCUACAAAACUCAUACCCCCACUCUCUAGUCUCUCUCUCUCCCUCUCUCUCUCUCUCUGGAAUAUUCCUAAAACUAAAUCCUGUGUGCGAGCCUAUAACGAACGGCUGUCUGUGACACACUGAUUUUUCAUCCAAUCCAAGCCACAUGAAAGGCAAAGCCCUCUUUCUCUCUCUCUCUCUUCUAUAUAACCCAACAAGCAUAAUAGCCAGCACUCCUCAUCAUCCUUGAUCAAACUCAAAUAGUCAAGACCAAGCCAGUUUUCGUGUUUUCAAGUUCAAACAUGUCUGCAGUGGUAGAGGUUUGGAUGAGCGAGUUGGCAAAGCUGAAAGACAAGGUAGGGGCUAAGAAGCGACUGGUGUUUUCAUCAAAGGGAAAACAAGGAGAAGGUGAUGAUGAGGUUGAAGAACAACAGCAAGUGUUGAAAGAAGCAAGAAAAGAGAGCAGCAGAAUGGCUCAGAUUCAGAGGGACUUGGAUUCCUCUAGGCUUUCGGAGGCCACAGUUCGUUUGCUUAUGGACCGUUUUGUGCUUUGGUGACACCUUGUGAACAUGUUUAACUUGUUGAAGGACCUUUGCUCGCUUCUCGGGCCGUGAAAAAUGAGAUUAUUUUUUUCAGUAAUUAUAUAUAACUAGGUUGUUUUGAUUAAAAAAUCAUUAGUGAUCCAUUAGAUUGCCUCCAUGUAAUUAAUUUUAGUAGAUACAUAAACUUAUUACUAGCGUAUUUGUUUUUUGUUUUUCCAUUUUAAUUAUAUUUUUGCAAGCUAUUAGCGGAUGAAUGAUUCUUACAUUUGGGAUUAUUGUUUUUCCAAAA